UUUGUUCUGACUUGGUUCGUGGUGCGAAGGACAAGCGCCUCAGGGUGAAGGGACCUGUGAGGAUGCCAACUAAGGUUCUUCACAUCACUACCAGGAAAUCCCCCUGUGGUGAAGGUACCAACACCUGGGACAGAUUCGAACUACGUGUUCACAAGAGGGUCAUCGACCUCUACAGUUCCCCUGAUGUUGUUAAGCAGAUUACUUCAAUCACAAUCGAGCCUGGUGUUGAGGUUGAGGUCACAAUUGCAGAUGCUUGAUCUCAGUUUUGAAGAUUAAAGACAUUAAUUUUGUUGUGCUUGCUUAGUUAUUUAUCUUUUUUCUUUAGUUCUUAUGGUUUUUGGACAUCGGUGAAUGAAAAAGUUAAACAUCAUGCUUCAUAUGGUUUAGGGUUACAUACAUGUUGAGUAUUUGCUUUCAUGUCAUAGCAUAUUGUACUCGUACUUAAUCCCCCUUUUUGUUCUUCUACAACAAAUUUUUAAGUCUUACUCUUGCAAAAGAAAAUGUAAUUUAUACU